AUGGCUUUUUCGAAGUUUUGUUUCCUUAUGUCUAUGAUCAUGGCAUUGUUACUCUCAAGCACCGAGAUGGGUCUAGCUGCUCGACACCUCUUGGAUACACCAGCUGCUCCGCCGCCAGCAAUGACACUGCCUACAAUCCCAUCCCUGCCCAAGGCCACCUUGCCUCCCCUGCCAUCUGUGCCAACGCUGCCUAAAGCCACAUUGCCACCAUUGCCAAGCACGCCAUUGCCUACUUUGCCGACUCAACCUACUCUACCGAAGCCUACAUUGCCACCAUUGCCUUCAAACCCAUUGCCAACAACGCCAACAGUCCCCAAGUUGGCACUACCUCCGCUGCCAGCUAUCCCAUUGCCCACCAUUCCAACUUCAAUCCCCUCCAUUCCAACGAAAAUUCCGACAAUUCCUUUCCUCUCCCCACCACCUUCAAAUUAG